CAAUAAAACGAAUCACCAGAGCGGACGGACAUAUACAGGCGCAAUACCUUACAGCAGCAGCAUCAGCAGUUACAACAACAACCAGCAGCAGCAGUAUUAGGAGCAACAACAGCAGCAGAAUCAUCAGAAAAUCAACGCGGGAAUAAGUACCCAUAUCAGGUUUAAUUAAUUUACUUAUAUUUAUAUUGUAUAUAUGUAAAUAACCCCUUAAUUAUACCAACCCACACAAUUGUAUUUAUUAACAUACAUGUACAUAUAUUACACACUCUAAAAUAUAUAUAUACAUCUGAAGUGUUACCCAAAAUCUAAUAGUUUUUAUUUUAUUUGGCACACCGGCAAAUAUAUCGUCGACAACCCCGACAUUUUGGUCCUUCGAGCCGGAUUUUCCGCCUAAUAAAAUAAACCCACCCAUAUCAGCGUUUGGAUCAGUAUUUCGGAUCAUCAAAGAUUUACACGAAUUCACCCACCCAACAACCACCUUUCGGAUCUUCAGGAGUUUACCCACCCUAUCAACUACUCAACUACAGCAAACACAUAAGUGGAAAAAAUUUGACAUGGCCCCUCAAAGAAGUACGAAGUCAAUUUGCAGCCGUCAAAGCAGCCCCACACUCACUGUGCGAUCGCUCAGCGUGACCCGUAGCAUCAGCCCACUCUCCGACGAAGGAACCCUGGCAAGACGCCUACAUCGCUUUAAAGCGACCCUUUCCCCCAUUCGAGAGGAGCGUGGAAAUACGUAUCGCACGGCCCGACGUACCAUCAGCCUUUCCCCUAUUCGUGAAGAACGAGGAAGUACUCAUCGCACGGCUCGGCGUGCAAUCAGCCGUUCAUCAAAGCGAACACACAAACACGUCGCCUGUGGAUUGUGUAAAAAAGACCACAGACUGGUAACUUGUUCAAAAUUCACCAAAAUGAACAUCAAUGAAAAGUUUGACGCAGUUAAUAAACACAAGUACUGCGUCAAUUGCUUGGCCAGAUCGCAUUCCACCCAAAAGUGCACAAGUAAAAAACGAUGUGCCACGUGUAAUGGGGAACACCAUUCAACCCUACAUGGGCACCCCAGGUUGUUCUGCAAAGAGCCAACGAAAUCAUCAAAGAGCGAAGAAAGAUUGCACAGACAAAAAGAUCUACCCACGCUACUGGCCAAGCCGACCCUCAUACCAACAGUCAUGGUCAAAGUCAAACACGAUGGAAAAUGGAAUAAAAUACGAGCAAUAAUCAACCCGACCCGAAAGGUGACUGUAAUUGCAUCAGAACUGGUGCAGAGAUUGCGGUUACCAAAAACGUACCUCGACUCGCAUCGUAUAUGCAAAGUCGUCAUAGGAUCAUUAACUGAUUCCGACUGGCAUGUCGAAGUUAACUGCCUAUUGACGCACGAUUUACCGACCCGACCCUAUAAUCGUGACUUAAGUGGCGAAAUCAUUAAGAAGUUCGACCACUUAGUCCUAGCCGACCCUAAAUUCUGGAAAGACGAUCAAAUCAUGUUGGAACUGGGAGCUGACAUCUACCCAAGAUUGAUGAAACCCGGACUAUUCAACCCCGAUAACAGCACCGUGAUCGCACAAAACACCGCACUCGGUUGGACUCUAACCGGUGCUUGUGCGAUUUAAACCCAAAAGUAUACCUCCAACCCGUUGAUAAAAAUACUCAUUUACCCAAUUCAAAAUAGAUCUAAAAAAUCUUUUUAUUCGCAGACACUGCAAGGCGGCCGGGAUGUUCAUACCAAAUGAACACAUCCCUGCAUUGUCCUCCUAACUCGUCUAAAUACGAAUUAGAGGACAAUGCAAAAAACACCCAACAGCGCCAACAUAACAGCGAAGUACCCAACAAAACGAAAAAACACAAUAAAACAAAUCACCAGAGCGGACGGACAUAUACAGGCGCAAUACCUUACAGCAGCAGCAUCAGCAGUUACAACAACAACCAGCAGCAGCAGUAUUAGGAGCAACAACAGCAACAGAAUCAUCAGAAAAUCAACGCGGGAAUAAGUACCCAUAUCAGGUUUAAUUAAUUUACUUAUAUUUAUAUUGUAUAUAUGUAAAUAACCCCUUAAUUAUACCAACCCACACAAUUGUAUUUAUUAACAUACAUGUACAUAUAUUACACACCCUCAAAUACACACAUCCGAUUUGUUAUCCAAAUUCUAAUAGUUUUUAUUUUAUUUGGCGCAACGGCAAAUUCACGUCGAUCACCCCGAC